AUGGAGGACCUCACUGUGCCACAAUCCGACCAAGAGCUCGCACCGCAGCAGCCGACGACCAAGAGCUUGCGCCGCCGCAGCCGACGACCUAGAGCUCGCGCCGCCAUCUCUGGAGACCAAGAUCUCGCGCCGUUUCAGACUCUCAGCCGCCGCCGCUCCACCCAACGGCGCCGGCCGGUGGCCAGCCGCCGCUGCUCCUCCCGCCGGCGCCGCGCUCCACCGCGUCCGUCCUGCACCCAGCCGCGUCCCUCACGCACUCCGCCGCGCCUCCCCCUACCCCCGCCCUUCUGCCCUGCCCCGCCCUCCUUUGCCCUAACCCUAAUUCUUAGCGGCGACCAACGGCGGCGCUUCGGCCAGGCCUGUGGAAGAACCAACGACUCAAGUAUGAUGAGCCGCCGCCGCCGUUCCUCGCCGGCGACGGCGUCCCCAGUGGAAGACGAGAACCUUCUCCCGGAGAUCCUCCUGCGCCUCCCUCCGGAGCCAUCGUCACUCCCCCGCGCCUCCCUCGUCUGCCGGCGCUGGCGCAGCAUCCUCUCCGAUCCCGACUUUCUCAAGCGUUUCCGCAGGCACCACCAAAAACCUCCACUGCUCGGCUUCUUCAGAGCUAAUUCAAUGAGCACAGAGCACCAAUUCAUUCCUGUGCUCGACUCGCCGGACCGCAUCCCUGCGGCCCGCUUCUCUGUGCCCAACAACAGCAACAAACACUGGAACUUCAUAGGCUGCCGCCACGGCCUCGCCAUCCUAGUCAACAUGUGGCUUCGUCAGGUGAUGGUGUGGGAUCCCCUCACUGGACAACAGCACCGUGUGGCUUGUCCACCUGGGCUGGUGUUCGACCCGGAGGUCCACCUGGUGUAUUGGGAGGCCGCGGUGAUGUGCGCUGAUGCCGAAGACGGGCACGUGCAUGGCGAUUGCUUCUCGAGACCGCUCAAAUUGGUCUUGAUCUGGGUCAUUGGAUAUAGAAAAGCAUUCGCUUGCCUCUAUGAAUCGGCAUCUGGUUUAUGGGGAGACAUUGUCUCCAUGGAGUCAACAGACGCGAUGUUAGGCAUAAGGCCUGGCAUCCUUGUUGGGAGUGCACUUUGCUGGGUGCUUUGUGGUGGUAACGUCCUUGUGUUUGAUGUCCAAAGUCAGCACCUUGAUUUGAUCAAGAGGCCGGUAGACUGCCCUAUGAACACCACCUCCUAUGGAUUUGUUCAGGUCUUACGGAUGGAUGAUAACAGACUUGGCCUCGCAUAUUUGUCAAAACUGACCAUCCUGUUAUGGGAGAGGAAAUCAAACUGUGAUGGCGUUGUCAGAUGGGUGUUUCUGCAGAAAAGUAUUCAGUUGGAGGAGCUUUUUCCUCAUAGAAUGUUUAGUCGCAGCAAAAAGAUAAUAAUAACGGGGUAUGACGAGGAUACAAAUGUGAUUGUUCUGUCUACGAUCGGCGGCGUCUUCAUGCUCCAACUUUACUCGAUGGAGAUCAAACGUAUUUGCAAAGGAGGUGGCUUAUGUUUGGACAAUUUCCAUCCAUACACAAAUUUCUAUACUACAGGGGCGUUGGCUGGAGACUCGGCGAAUCUGCAAAUGUGAACACAUGAGAUUUACUAAUAUUCUAUCUUUGUUGAAAAAGUGAGGAAUACAAGACCAACAUUCAGAGAGGAUAUAUUUGCCUUCGUGGGUAAAACUUUGGUCCUUAAAAGCGCAAUGAAGGACACAAGGAGACAUGUCAAAAUAGAGUGUCCUGAUGUUUUUUCUUUCUGAAUUUGCCCAUGUUACAUUCAUGUGAUGUACCAUUGAACCUCAAAGAGUAUUUGACCCAAAAAAACAUCUUAAUGUAUUUAUUGUCAAAUGGCAGUCCAAUUCUGGAACUUGCCAUUGAAUUUUUUCUUGUUCCGAGUAACAUAUGUUUUUGGUUUUGAAUAUACAAUUUCUGACAGUCCAUAAAUUUACCAAGUUCCUGAGGGAAAACUGGGGAGUGAAAAAUAAUAUUUUUUCACUGUCUAUAAAA